AGAGGCAGCUGAAGCAGUGCAGAGGAGAGAGGGCAGAGAUCUCACAUCCCUGUUUCUGUUAAGUAUCUAUCCUCCCAGAAUUUCAGUGGUCAGCUGCACCUGGAGCAAUGAAAGUGCAUUUGCUGGUCCUUCUGCUGUCGCUGUGUGUGAGUGUGCAGGCCUUACGGAGGGUCACCUUGAAAAAAAUGCCCUCCAUUCGAGACACUCUUAAGGAGAUAGGCUUCACACCAGCACAAGUGUUUGCCGAACUUGCGCAGAAACUGGACAUUAUCAGCCCAUCCCCUAGCAAUGGAACAGCCCCAACCCCUCUAACCAACUAUCUAGAUACUCAGUACUUUGGGGAGAUCAGUAUUGGUUCACCAGCUCAGAUGUUCAACGUUGUGUUUGAUACGGGUUCUGCCAACCUUUGGGUGCCGUCACAUAUGUGUUCUCCACUAUACACCGCCUGCUUCACUCAUAACAGAUACGAUGCCUCCAAAUCUCACACAUACGUUAACAAUGGAACAGGAUUCUCCAUCCAAUACGCUUCUGGAAAUGUUAGGGGAUUUCUCAGUGAGGAUAUAGUAGUGGUGGGUGGUCUCCCAGUGGUGCAAGUGUUUGCAGAGGCCACAGCCCUUCCAGCCAUUCCUUUUAUCUUCGCAAAGUUUGACGGGGUACUGGGAAUGGGCUAUCCGAAUGUGGCCAUUGAUGGCAUCACACCAGUGUUUGAUCGCAUCAUGUCUCAGCAUGUACUGAAAGAGGAAGUUUUCUCUGUGUAUUACAGCAGGGACCCCCAGCGCAUUCCAGGGGGAGAGCUGGUGUUGGGGGGCACAGAUCCAAAUUACUACACAGGCUCCUUCAAUUACAUUCCCACCAAAGGGAAGGGCAAGUGGGAGGUCAUCAUGAAGGGUGUGUCUGUGGGGGCAGACAUGUUAUUCUGUACCGAAGGCUGUACGGCUGUGAUUGACACAGGUUCCUCCUUCAUAACUGGCCCUGCCUCCUCGGUCUCCAUCCUGAUGAAAACUAUUGGUGCUGUUGAGCUGGCAGAGGGUGAAUAUACCGUGAACUGUGACCUGGUCAUGUCCUUGCCCAGUGUGGCCUUUCACCUUGGUGGUCAGGAGUAUCGUCUCACACAGGAAGACUACAUUCUCUGGCAAUCACAGUUUGGAGAGGACAUCUGCACUGUGACAUUCAGAGGGCUGGACAUACCACCUCCUACUGGUCCUGUUUGGAUAUUGGGAGCUAACUUCAUUGCCCGAUACUACACAGAGUUCGACCGUAGGAACAACCGCAUAGGCUUUGCUCAAGCAGUGUGACAACUGCCAGGACCUACCAGAAAAUUCCUGCUACCACACCACAUGCAUGUUACUACCACAGAUUACAGUAAUUUUCAUCUAAAAUCCAUUGUGGUAACCCACAAUUCCAAUUCAGAUAAUGCCUGAACUGAUGUGACACAUGUUGACAAUUACUGCUGAACUUGCCUCUUUCUCCUGUAAUGAUCAGCUAUGUUUUAACUGUUAAUGAUAGACAUAGAAUAGUUAUAGAUCAGCUGUUAUGGGGGACCCAUUGAAUGUCUCGGCAUUAUAUGACUGAAAUGACUAAAGUAAAAGUUUAUCCCAAAAAGAAAACACCUGGGCCUUUUUAUGUUCUAAUAUAUGUUGUGAAUCCACAAAUUUAGUAUGCAACUAACUUGCUAUAAUCAAUCAAAUAAAGCAUGAGGAUCACUCCGGCCUGGAAGAAGUAGGAAAAUGAUUUUUCUAAAGAUUCUGGUUUUGGACACCUAAUCUCCUGCCUAACCAUGUCCCCCUCAAGGUUACCAUCAGAGUUCAUUUGCACUGACAUAAUGUUUUCUUUAUCUGGGAAUCAGGAUGAUGUUUUAGAUAUGUCCUACAUUAAUUAAGCUCCUUUUCCUUUGGAUAGUACAGGAGUGCAGGACACAAUUUAAGACAUCCAUCUGGGUCUAAAUCCACUGUAGCACAAUGACCUCCAUUAAGGAUGGUUACCCGAGAAUCCCUAAACUUUAGAUGUUUGAGGCAGCUGGGCUCUGUACUACUGAUCAUAUUCCCAUGACAUUGCCCCACUAAAAUGUGAAGUAAGUCUUGCAGUUCUGAGCACUUACAGAACUAAUAAAACACUUGAAAACCUGGCUGAAUGAUCUUCCCACUAGUUGUCAUGUUUCCAGUCAUAUGGAGAUCUGCAAAGACAGAACAUUCUGGGCUCCAGCCCCUAGCUGAUAGUAUCCAAAAGCACUUGACUGACGGCACCCAAAACUGCAUCAGCUGUUUUGCUCAACUAGGAGAAAUAUAUCCUUUGGAAAUUCCCAAUUGGCAGAGUAUGAAAAAAAUAAGUUUAGAGAGGCUCACAUCAAUGAAAAUUCACAUGGCUGAAUGAAAAUCAAGCUGGCUUGUUCUAUCUUCCUCUUAAAGGGGGAUUUUAGGCUAUUUCUAUUGUCAACAGCUUCUUAGUGACAUACUGUCUAGGAAGUGAGGGUGCUAGUACAAACCCUCGACAGACUCCAACUUCACUUUGAGCUUGAUAGGAAGGCCUUAUUCUAAGGAUUUAUAUUAUGAAUGGACAUUUGCUACUUUGAAGAGUGCUGUGCUUAAUCAAAACUUCAGAAUCAAAAUGCAGGCUUGCUUUUAACAUGUCUCUUAUUUAAUAUUCUAUUUCAGCUUCUUUCUCGAAAUCAUGUUUUUUGUUUAUAUUGUUAUGGUCUCUUUGAUCAGUUACAUUUAAUCUGGUUAGCGUUUGAACAUCACAUUUACAGAAUG